UACAGGAGAUGACCAGAGACUGCGGACAUAGUACAGGAGAUGACCAGAAACUGCGGACAUAGUACAGGAGAUGACUAGAGACUGUGGACACAGUACAGGAGAUGACCAGAGACUGCGGACACAGUACAGGAGAUGACCAGAGACUGCGGACACAGUACAGGAGAUGACCGGAGACUGCGGACACAGUAUAGGAGAUGACCAGAGACUGCAGACAGUACAGGAGAUGACCAGAGACUGCGGACACAGUACAGGAGAUGACCAGAGACUGCGGACAGUACAGGAGAUGACCAGAGACUGCAGACAGUACAGGAGAUGACCAGAGACUGCGGACA